AUGCCUGGACUGUUUCUUCUGUUGCAAGUGGUACUGUACAUUACCGACACAACUAUCAACGCGACCACCACCACCACCAUUUAUGACAAGCAUCAUCUGCACCCCAUCUUGGUACCAUCAGGGACGCCUUCCGGACGCCGUCCCCGUUGUGCUCGACGCCUUCAGGGGUUGCAAAAGAAACAGAGUCCAGCUGGUCGGUUUCCGCCACUGCCACAGCCGGGGUACUAG